AUGGAGAUGGUGCCAGAUAAGCACGGUGACUGGCCAGCAAAGGUGUCGAGUGGGGGCUCCUGGGAAGUGAUCCAGUGGCUGAGAAGCGAGUUAACGACAAUCCUCCAGAGCGAUGCAGAGACUGUGGUCAGCGCUGCCGACGCCCACCUCCUCCUCACGCAGGGAGAGUACCUCGCCCUGAACCGGCUGGAGGAUCCGGAGAUGAGGGUCGCUACACUGAUUGAUAUGGUGCUGGCCAAGGGGGACCAGGCCCAUCAGCUGUUCCUGGACUGUCUGAGAAACCUGUUCUUCACCUUCCCUGCCCUGGAGCCUAUUGUCACGGGGUUACAAACCGGCUUCCAAGAAGAUGUGGCUAACUCCAAGCCUGGAGCACAGAUAGGAAGCUCAGUCAGUGCUGAAGGGGAACAUUUUGUGGACCGGCACCGAGCAGAGCUGAUUCAACGGGUCUCUAUGGUGGAUGGGGUCCUGGACAUGCUGUGUGGCACUGUGCUGGAUAAUGAGCAGUACCAGAGCAUCCGAGCCGAGAGAAGCAACCUGGAGAAGAUGCGGAAGCUGUACGAGCUCAUGCCGAGCUGGAACCGGGUCUGCAAGGACCAGCUCUACCAGGUGCUGAAGGCCAAGCACAAGUUCCUCAUUGAAGAGCUUGAAGGGAAAUGAUCGCAAGAAACUGUCCCUCCUGGAGCGACUGUGCCUAGAGUCCAUUCCAUGGCACUCAGGAGUCCAGCUCUGGUUCUUCUCCUUCUUCACCCAGGAACCAUUGUGGUGAGGGUCCGGAAUCUGGUUCUGGUCCUUCAAUCUGUCAAUCAGUGCUUGUCUGGUCUUUAUGCACCCCACUAUGCACAUCCUCUAUCAUCGCCAUAGCUGGGUCUUCAAUAGGGGUUCCAUCCAUGCCCCUCCCCCUGGCCUCUGCUCAGGCUGAACCUGGGUGGAGAGUCCAUCAAAGACCCCAGUUCCCUGCUCAUUUUCCGAAAGCAAUGGCGCUGCAGCACCAUCUCCAUUCUCUGGCUGGUUUUGCUCCUAACUCCCAUCCCCAGAGCCCUCAGCUCCUGCCCUGCCCUUGUGGCUGGCUCUGACACCGCAGCCUCACACUGCCCCUUAGCAUCUGUCUGGGGCAACCUUCCCCUACCACUGCCUGGGGCACAGACUUCUCCCUGACUCUGCAGCCAGGGUCCCCAGCACAGACACAGAUUUUAUCUAUGGGUCUCAAUGCACUGAACUCUUGGUAAGUAAAUAGCAUUACGUAUCUGUGAUAGGCCUCGCUUGGGAGGAGGGCUGGUUGGUAGGGUAGCAUCACCAAGUGAUCAGGGCUUAGGCCCAAGACCUUUAGGAAGUUGUUGGUAAAGGAGCCUGGUCUCUCCGACUCCAGUGGGCUCAGACUCAAGCAGGGCCGUCCUUAGGAUUUAUGGUGCCCUAGGCGGGAUUAUUAAACUGAUGCCCCUGUGUCUGU